ACAUCCCCCUCCCCUACCUUCCCCUCCCAACAGCAGACAGGGGCACACAGACGAUCACACUCUCCAGCCAAACCCUAAUUGUGUGUGCGUGUGUCCGCAUUUUUUUUCUCUGACAUGAAGAAGGAAACCAAGUGAGUGUUUGUUCUCUGUGCUUGUGAAUGUCAGUCCUGAGCCUUUUGAAGCAUUUUGCUUGACUGAAAAAGUGGAGGUGGCAGAAUUUAGCUGUGAAAAAUUACUGGAGUUGGGUUACCAUGUGGCAUUGUUGGAUGCCCUUCAUCCUGGCCUGGGUAUCCAUGGGAACCCCAACGCUAUGCCAAAGUGGAGAUUGGGGUUCAGGCUUUGACAUCUACUCUGCGAUAAUGGCCACCAAUGACACGUCGCAGGCAAUUGGUGAUGAGCCUGCACGGAUGAGAAACAACCAAGACGGGAUCACAUCAGCAGUUUCCUCUUCAUCACCCUCACCUACACUGCUGUAUGAGCCUCAACCGGACAAGUGCUCGGUCCACUUCAGCACUAACGCUGCUUCAGCUCGAAGGCUGAAGGCCCAGAAAGAGGAGCUGGCCUAUCUGCAGGCCAUCCAGGAUGGAAACAAGGUGGUGAUGGAGAACAUGGAGCAGUUUGUGGGGUCAGAGAUGGGAGAUCAGAGCUAUGAAGAUGUGAUUAAGGAAAAUAUCAUCGGCAUCCAAGAGGACCAGAAGAGUUGCCACGAGGUCGUAGAGAAAGCUGAAGAGGAUCUAGAAAAGCAGCUGAAGGGGGAAGUAUUGGGUGCCCUCGCUGGGAUGCAGAAAAUCAGAGAAGAGUCCUUGGCCUUUGAAGACAUGCUCCGUGCUGCAGGGGACAUCGCCAACAGGCUGGAGAUCUCAUCGCAGGCCCUGCAUGUUUCAUUCACCAAGCAGCUGAAAGACAUUGCCAAAAUUCAUCGCUAAGGAAGUGUGGAAAAGACUUUGCACACUGCUCACGUAUCAUCCUCUAAAAUGAUGUCUGGUAUCCUGUGUGAGACCCAAAAUAAAGGAAAUAAACCCUCA